UAUUCUUGGUGAGCGAAAUUCUGCCAGUAACCAGUAAUCUGCUGACUAGCAAUGGCGGCACGUAUGGCAUCACGAGUCACGACCGUCCCCGAUGAUUGGGACUCGCUGGUACCCGACCAACCCACCGGUCCCCUGGAUGAAUACAGGAAACGAGCAUCCUUCAACUGGAAGGCAAUGAAACUAAUCGUGGAUGGGGAAGAGGCUGUCAAAUUUAAACACAAUCUGUGGUCGCUGAUGGAGAACGAAACGGUCUUCCAGCAUCACUAUCACGACGUGGCCCUGGCUGAGGACCGGGAGAUCACCCACCUCCGGCUCAAACGCAUCAUGGAGCUGAACAUCCUGCCUAUCGAGAAACUGAUUGAGAACAUCACCCAGAUGCAGUGGAUGGUGGACGGCAUGGGAGCCUACGACAUGUCGCUGUCUAUCAAGUACCUGCUCAACUAUCAGGUGUUUCUAAGCUCCAUUGUUUCUCUUGGCAAGGAGCAUCAUCUCAGAUAUGCUGAACAGUCACAGGCUUUGAAGAUCUGUGGGUGCUUUGCCCUGACGGAGCUUGCCCACGGUAGCAACACAAAGGCCAUGAGAACUACAGCGACGUUUGAUCCUAAAACGCAGGAGUUCAUCUUGAACACCCCAGACAUCGAGGCCGCCAAGUGCUGGGUGGGUCUGAUGGGCAAGACGGCCACUCACGCUGUCCUGUACGCCCAGCUCUACACCCCUGACGGGGUGUGUCACGGCCUUCACGUCUUCAUCGUCCCGCUGAGGGAUCCCAAGACCCUCCACGGACUGCCUGGGCUCGUGGUGGGGGACAUGGGCAAGAAGAUGGGACUGAAUGGUCUGGAUAAUGGGUUUGUCAUUUUCGAUAAUUAUCGCAUUCCAAAAGAAAAUCUACUCAAUAAGAUGGCCGACGUGUCUCGUGAUGGCAAAUAUAUCACACCCCAUAAGGAUCCCAGCAAGCGCUUCAGUGCUUCAUUGGGCUCUCUGUCAGCAGGUCGUAUGGGUAUCGCCAGCGUCGGUGUGUGCAAUCUGAAGAAAGCCAUGACCAUCGCUGUCCGUUACUCGGCCGUCCGGAGACAGUUUGGACCCACGGAUGACGGCCAAGAGAUCCCAGUCAUUGAAUACCAACUGCAGCAAUGGCGGUUGAUCCCGUACAUAACAGCCAUGUACGCUCAUCACAUUUUCGUCAACUACUUGUUUGAAAACUUCCACGAUUUCACCAUGGUGACGUUGUCUGGCGAGACAGAUGAGAGACAUGCUGAGAUGGGUAAGGAGAUCCACGCCCUGACGUGUUCCAGUAAGUCACUGACGACGUGGACGGCCAGGGACGCCAUCCAAGAAGGCAGAGAGGCCUGUGGGGGACACGGCUUCCUUUAUGCAAGCGGCUUUGGCCAGUUGCGUAAUGACCACGAUCCCAACUGCACCUACGAAGGUGACAACAACGUCCUACUGAUACAGACAAGCAACUAUUUGAUGGGAUUUGCCCAGGCCAAGAAAGAUGGUGAGACUAUUUCCUCUCCUAUGGGCUCAGUGGAUUUCCUGAAUGACAUGGAUAGCAUCGCCAAACAGCGCUUCACGUACACCAGGGAACAGGACGUCAUGAAUCCUGGAGCGGCCCUAUCUGCCUACCAGUGGUUGGUCGUGCACUUGCUCAAUGAGAGCAUUGCCAAGAUACAAGCAGAGAGCGGAAAGGGGAAAGACGCCUUCACCGCACGGAAUGACAGUCAGGUCUACUACUGCCGGUCGCUUGCCAUUGCUUUCAUCGAGCAUGCUGUAAUCGACACUUUUUACAAGUUUAACCAGAGGAGCAACAUUGACCCAUCAGUCAGAGAUGCCUUACAGAAGCUCUGCAGUUUGUAUGGUCUCUGGAGUCUUGAGAAACACUCAGCAACACUCUACCAAGGGGGUUAUUUCUCCGGCAGCGGUCCAGCCCGUCUGAUCCGUAACGCCAUCCUGACUCUCUGCUCUCAGCUCAAAGAUGAAGCCGUGGCUCUUGUUGACGUCUUCGCUCCGCCCGACUUCAUCCUGAAUUCCCCCAUAGGCGCCUCUGACGGACAGGUGUACAAGCGUCUGUACGCCUCCUUCCUGCAGACACCAGGUAGUCUGGAGAGACCCCAUUGGUGGAAGGAGUUUGUCGAGAAACCAGUCAUAGCAAAGUUGUGAGUAGCAAGGUAGGUCCAGAAAUACUAGCUACUGUUUGCUUAAUUUCCUCACUGGAUUUAUGCACAAUGACAGCGACUUUGAGGCAGGCGCGUAGCCAGGGUUUUGUUUGCCUGUUGCAAAAUAGAAUUUUCGUCCCGUUAUCCCAUUUUCGCCAUCCAGAUUUUGCUUCCGUCAAGUGUCCCGACUUUGCUUUAAAAAUCACCACCCCGUUGAAAUCUGCCUCUCUGCACCCCCUGGCUACGCCACUGCUUUAAGGACUCCUAGCUUUGUGAUGGUAUCGGUAUGGAGUCAAGUCCAUCACAAGUCUGGUCAAAAGAAAGUCCCAAGUCCUUUCAUCACAACUCACAGUCGCAAGUAACAGGGGAUGAAUACU